AUGGCUUUUUUUCAAUUGGUAGUGAAAGCCCAUCGGCUUGAAAAACUUCGUCAUAGAUACGAGGAUGAAAAAUUGAGAUCGAUCGAGGUCUCAAAAGGUGCCAAGCAUUUGACUUGGAGUCAAAAAUUUCGUCAUAAGAAAUUCCGGUGCGUCGUAUUCUUAUUAUUACCACAGUUCUUUUCUAAACGUGGUCGGCAAGCUCUAAUUGCGUAUGCUUUUAUUUUAACUCUUACUGGACCAGGAAAGAAUAUAUUAAGAAAUACAUCUGUACUUACGGAAUCUUUGGCUUGCGGCCAGGAAAAAUUGAAGGCAGCUGUUAAAUGCGUUUUGGAUUUAAUAAAGGAACCUUUUUAUGCAUUAAAAGAAGCGAUUAUGAAAGUAACCAAAGCAGUGAGAAUUAUCGUAUCGAGGAUCAAACAAACUUUCAUUGCUAUAAAAAGAAUAGUUCUUAGCAUACUCAGAGUAAUAACCGCAGUUUUUCAAUGGCUUGGAAGUAUUAUAAACAUAUGCAAUAAAAAGUUAGGCACGCCUUUUGAAAGAUGUCAAAGAGUUUUCGAAGGUGCCGUAACCGAUUGCAGAGCUAAACUUGGUCCAAUUUUUGGUAGGAUUUGCAAUUUGACGUAUAUCGUAGGUGCUCUCUGUUGGAUAGUUAAACCAUUGGAUUUUAUAUGUAUGCUGGUUUCAUACGUCGCUGAUGCCAUAGUCGCUGCCGUAAAGAAAAAAAUUCGAAGAUUCACCAGACACAUGAAAACGAUGUUCUAUGUCAAAGUCAAGUUUUCGCAUUCAUUUCAUUUCGAAGUGAAUAAAACUAAAACGAUACACGAUAUUGCUACAAAUAUUUCUUCUGAGAUUAGAUCAAGGACAAACAGAUUUAUAAUGGUUUUCGAUUGGGUCAACUUUCUAACAGCUUUUUUCAUAUUUUUCAUGUUACUCAGGGUUUUACAUUAUCGACACAAAUGGCUAACGAGCGAGAGAUAUAACAAUAAAUAUAUUACCGAUGAUAUUCGUACGAUCGAUUUGAUAAGAGCUCGACAGGAUAAAGAAACGAUUUUACCUUUAAAUCCUCGGGAAAGAAAUCGUUAUGUAUCAUUAUCGUCGAUUAAAUUAAUUAAAACUGAAAGGGUCAAGUUAGUAAAAUCAGCGAUGUUUUUGAGCUUGACUUCGAUCAAAAUUUGUAUGUAUAUAAUGACGGAUUAUAGCCUUUAUUGGAUACUCGAUACCAUCAGAUAUUACGGUCGUAUACAAACGCAGAUCGAACAGCCAAACUCUGUUGGUGUAUACGUUUCAGGAACUGGCUUUCUUGCAGAACUUUACAGAAGUAUUAUAAAGGCAUUUACUCCACACAUUAAAGACAUCGAAAUCAAUUCGGUCCCAUGUCUCCCAGAUCCGAUACCACCAAGUUACGAUGGAUACAUAAGAAUCCUAUCUCUGAUGAUAUUAUGUUGGAUCAUGAUAAUUUUCGAACCCUAUUGUCUUCGACUGAGAGAAAUUGUGAUGUGUCAGUAUUAUCCCGAUAGAGCGAAGCAACGAGCAGCGUGGCUUUACAAUCAUAUAAUGCGUUCGAGAGGAAGUUUCGUUAAAUUCGCGAGACGUCAAUUACGUCGAAAAUUUGGUAUCAAUGGAGAGACUAUAGAAAAAGUUACGUUCAAGCAACGUUUCAUGGCUAUCUUUCCUUUUAUGAAUAUAUUCUUCCCGCAAAAGGAACAAGCUUGUCUUUUGUGCGGUGCUGUUCAACGCGAUGACAUUAAUCCGCACAUUAAAUGUCCGACACCAGGUUGCGUUGGAUUAUUUUGCUUGCAGUGUUUCGCAGAUUUACAAAAUAUCUGUACGAUUUGUCGAUCGCCUCUGGAAUAUGGAGAUUUGUCGGAUAUGAGCGAAGAAGUAGAUUCCUCCGACGAUCAAUUAAGAAUUGUUCAUGAAAAGAGAUUAAAAUUGGCCGAGGCUGAAAGAAGGAGGAGGGAAAAAGGAAAAAUAGAUAUCAAAGAAAUAUCGAUGAUACCAGAGGAAUCGUUCGAAAUGAAGGAUGUAGGAGAGCAAACGGAUGAAAUGGAGUUCGAAGAUUACGAAGAGAGUAGUUCUACAUCUGUUUACAGUUAUAGCUAUCAAGAUGAUUUAACACGGGAACCAGAGGUUUAUGAACGAAAAUUACCAUUCAAGGAUCUUGAAGCUCAAAGAUUGCGGGAUGAUGUUACUAUUCAGAUAUUUAACGAGCCAAUUGCAAGAAGCAUAAUGUUGAGCAGUGAUACAACGCCGUCUUGUUUCGUCGUAAGAGCACAUAGAAAAGUUCGUAGCAGGUUAAAGAAGAAAUCUCGUUCGUCGUAUCCUCAUAAAUAUAGUUAUUCUUCAACGUCGAUAAUAGACUCGGAAUGUUGGCCAAGUGAUGAAGUAAAAGAGGAUGAAGUGAUACAUAUAGAAAUCAACGAUGGUUCCAAUGAAUUACUUAUAAAGGAUAAAUGUGAAGAUGAGAAAAAUUAUUAUAGCCGUGUAAGACGAAUUAUGGCAGCUCUAUUAAGAAUUCCUUGGAUCGUUAGACGUGUGAGUGUUCGAUUACAAUCAAGGAGACCGUCUUUGAUAAAACGAAUUAUUAAAAUGUUGAAUGUAAAAAGAUCUACUUCGCCUGUACAAACGUACAGACGUAUAAAAACUAAGAAGAAUUACGUUGAAGAUACGUCAAUGUCAUCGUCAUCAUCUUCGUUCAGUGACGACGAUGAUAAUGAUGGAUCUUGUUUAAUAAGCAAACGUCAAUCGACAAAGGAUACUCUCAGAGCUAAAAGAGCUCGGUGUCGUGUAAAUUGGGAGGAUCCUGAAGAUAUUAUACAUUCUAAGAAUUCUAAACAACGGGAAAUUCUUUGUCCCACAAAAAUAGAUGAUACUAAUUGGCAAUAUCCUUGUGAAAAGAAAUUUCCUACGAAGGAUUUACCGAGGCACUUGGAACCAAUUUCGAAGUAUACGUCUUAUCAUGAAAUCGAUGAAACCGCAGAUUCACAAUCAUCGUGUAGAUGCGUUCAUAAAGGAGACGAUAUAAAUCUACUGUCAGAUGCGAAAACGUCAUCGAAUAGUCGAAAAACUGAUACUUGGAACAUCGUUGGCGAAGAUGAAUCACAAAAUUCUAAUCUUCUACGAUUCGAGCAUACGUGCGUAAACGAGAGACUAGGAAAGAUCAAGAAUGAUCAAGAUUCAAUGACGGUAUCCGAAAAAACAGAAGAAAGUUCAAUACAUGGAGAAGAGAGUGAUGCAAACGAGUCGGACAAUUAUGAUAAAAAUUUUAAUGUAGAAACCGAUCAAAUUAUAGGGGACGAUAGAGGAAAAAGGAAAAGAGGAGUUACUAAAUCAAAGCAUCGGAAAAAAAUAAAAGGAUCGCAAUUAUACGAUCCAUUGGCAGGUUUAGAAUUGUACGAAAGUGAAAAUGAGAGAAGAAAAUUAGAUAAACAAAAAAAAGCUAUUCAUUCUCGUGAAAGAACUAUUGGGAAAGUUGACGUAGGAACUGAUUCACGAGAUCAAAGGAAAGUUAUGCAAACGAAGCUGGUAAAAUGUUGGCCAAGUAAAAAAGACGAACGAAAGAAAUGUCAAAAGUCGAAAGAAAUUGGUUGCCAAUCGACCAGACUUACCGAAUCGAAAGAACGACGAUGGAAAAAGUGUAUAGAAGAAUAUAAAAAACGUAAAAGGCACAGAAAGAAACGUUCAAGUGAUUUAGAGAUUAAAUGUUAUCGAAAGAAACGCGGCUUUAAAGAUACAUUAAUGAUGACGAAUAAACUAUAUGUAAAGGGAAAAGAUCGCAAGAAGGAUGGAACGUGUCAUAGAUACACGUGCGACCAAUCAAAUCAAUUUCCUGAAGAUAAGAGGAGAGAUUUCAUUCAUGAAAGACUUUAUCCUAAAGAAAAUCAAAGACAAUUAAUUUCUGGCUUUAUACCCAUAAUGUAUCCCGAACAUAUGCAAACUUACAAACCCUUUUACGAUUCUCACGAGAGAGAUCGUGGAGGAAUAUCAAUGCGAAAAGAUAUAAGCGACAUUGAACCAAUUUUUCAACAAUACAGUUCACGAGUUUGUCAACGUGAAUCACACGACGAUAGAUUGCGAUAUUUUGAUGAAGAAUAUUAUGAUACUCGUCAACAUCGUGAAGAUAAUCAAACCGAUGGUAGCAGUCAACCAGAGUAA